AGGGACCCAUAACAUUGAAAUGUCGUUGUGCGUCCGGAGCAAAUUUGCGCUCUUGGGCCCCCGGGCGGCCCCGCUGGGGGCCGUGUAUUCUGCGAGGAAUAAGGGUUCGAGCCUUGGCACAAAAGGAACUCGGUUGGAGCUCCUACGUAAGGGAACCGGGGGUCGCUCUUCCUUCAACGGGAUCAUCGCCACAAUUUUCGGUAGCAAUGGGUUCCUUGCCCGAUACGUGAUAAACGCUCUUGGACAGACUGGAGCUAUGAUGGUUUUACCGCACCGAUGCGAUCCCUACCUCAUGAUGCGGCUGAAAGUCGCCGGCGACCUCGGGCAGAUCCAGUUCCACUUCUUCGACUUGAGAGAUGAGAAGAGCAUCGCUGCGGCGAUGCAAUACUCCAAUGUGGUCAUCAAUCUGAUCGGGAAGGAUCAAGCUUCGGGAAACUUCAGUCUGGACGAUGUUCAUGUCAAGGGCGCUCGAUCGAUAGCCCGACUCGCCCGGGAAUCCGGCGUCGAGAAACUCAUUCAUUUUUCGGCGUUGAACGCGGCAGAAAAACCGGAAAAGCUGAUGUUCGCGCCUUCGAAGUUCUUCUCCACCAAGUGGGAGGGCGAACAGGUUGUUCGCGAGGAAUUCCCCGACGCCAUCGUUUUCAGACCCUCCGACAUGUACGGCCACGAAGAUCGUUUCGUCCGGUACUACUCUGGGCAGUGGCGAUGCAAUUACAGCGUUAUGCCUCUCUGGAAGGGCGGGAGGAAGAUCUAUAAAGCCCCAGUCUUCGUUGGCGACGUUGCUAGAGCAGUCGUCGAAGCUAUCAACCAGAAGGGAAACGAGGGGGAAACGUACCAAGCCGUCGGACCCAAGCUAUAUGAGCUUCGUUCGCUCAUGCGCUACAUUUCACAGCUUCUGGAGCGCGAGAUGCAUCUCUACGACUUGAGGUUCGACCCUCUCUUCAUGGCGAAGAUCUCCUACGCGGAAUUAUUCAAGAACCCAAAAAUGUCUUGGGAGCGAUUGAGGAGGGAGCACACGAGCGACACCAUCUAUGGUGAAAUCAAAACUAUCGAGGAUUUGGGGGUUCGAUUGACCGAAAUCGAAGACCGCUUCCCGUUCGAAUUCCAAUACUUCCGCGUCUAUCAGUUCGAGGAUCCACUCAGUUUCAGACCCAAUUUCGUCGAGCCACCCCCAGCUAUAAGAUAUUAGACUGUCGCAUACCUCUCGACUCGGAAAUGUGUUGCACAGCGGAAUGGUUAUAGAAUAAAGUUGAAUAAUGG